AUGGCUGGGUCGAAUGGGAUGCGAACAGUUGGUUUGGCGCUUGCAGCGGCGAGCUGGUAUCUAGGCGAGCAACAGGCAUGCUGCCAUCGUUCGCAUGGGAGGCGCAUGGACUGUCCGGACUGUCCCGUGGGCCGUGCAGCGAGUCCCGUGAUCAGCAGCAUUCCCGCUGAAAUCGGCUCUCACGACAAGAAAGGCGAGCGACUGCGGCGGCUGCCCAUGUUGCGCUGUGCGCGCGGCGUGUUUCAGCUGCCCGGAACAAAUGGGCUUGGUGACCUUGCACUACGGUCAUCCCAAGGUACUGGAAUCAUUGGAUUCCGAGGGCGAGACACGACAAUGGAUGUUGAAGCACAGUUGCGUAUUAGCGGCGCCAGCGCAUCACUCACACCGCAACUAGCUGCUGUCCUAUCAUGCAUGGCGGCAUCCACAUCCAACCCCAAGGUCGUGGUACAGUCGGCACGUUUGUCGAGCGAAUUCACUCUGGAUGGAGCUCAGCAGCCUGUGUAA